UUCACGUGUUUUAAGAUAUAUACCAUUCUUAAAUUCAACGAACGUAGCUUCAAAUAUUUUCAUCAUGUUGAGUUAUUUAUGACAAUAUAGACGCUUCAUUUCUCUCAAAUAUACCACCUGAUUGCUCAAUUUUGUUUGUAUUUUGACAACUGAAGAUUGAAAAUACCAGAAAAAUAACCAAAAUAUAUGAUUUAAUCAAUUUAACCAGCAUGGAAAAACAACGAAGUUUCAAAUAUUCUCGUUACAAAUAAUUUAAUUCGGUCAAUUAAAAAAGCUCAGUUUAAUCUAGAACUAGUUUGCUACUUUUUCAAAAAAUAUUUUAAAUAUUUCCUGAGUUUUAUAAAGUUUCUGGACACUUCAUUUAAUUCAGUUUAUACUGAAAAAAAUCAGUUUUAUCAUUUAAGUUACUGGCUAGUCUUCAAAAUGUCUUCCAGUUUGACGUCUCAACUGGACUUCGACUUAGAGUUCUGCACAGAAACCGUAGAAUGCAGAGUGUUCGACUUACACACAAAAGUGUCUGAGGAUGACCACAGGGUGGGGUUGAUAGUGGUUGGGUGUCUGUUGUCCAUAUUAGUUGGGGGCCUAAUCGCGUUUGUGGUGUGCAGAACGUGUCUGAGAAAACGACUUCUUACAAAGGCAAAAGCAGUGUCAGACCAAAAAAAUGCAGACAAAUACGAAGAGCGCCUCAAUAUGAUAGAACGAAAGAAACAGGCCCGCUUAGUACAACUGCAUCAAGACAGCAGCGAGGUCUCAUCGACAAGUUGCAGUGACAACGAACCAUCAUCAGAAGACGAAGAAAAAAUAGACACUGACUACUUGGAAAAACUGAGCCAGCCUUUACCUGAUGAAACAGCGUCAAAAGAAGAACUAGAAAUGAGGGCAGCUGAAGUGAGGUGUGAACAAGAGGUUCAGAAGGAGGUUGAAGAAGAGGUCAGAGAAUGGGAAGUGGCAGAGAUUUCAACUGAUUUGAAGGCAUUUCACCCCCGAGCGGUUGAACAAACAAAGUCAAAGUGUCUUGCUCACAUAUUAGUGCUGCAUCAGAGAGAACAAGUGGAACGAGAACUUCUUUCGCUCGAAGUAUCUUCUCUCGUGGACCAAUUGUGUGAAUGGAGGUCAAUCAAGUUCAAGUGUGCAGUGCAUUUGGUGAAGAUACUGCUGAAUCCUCUGGUGAAAAAACAGCAGAAGGUGGAUGCAGACAUGGCUGAAUUGUUGAUCAGGCAGUUGGAGAAGAGUUUAGAAGAUGAGUGGUCGGCUGGGGCACGUGAUCUGUUCCUCCGAUUGAAAAGAAUUGAAAAAGAGGACGAAGGAAGAGACAGACUGCACAAAGUAAGCAACAAAAUAAAUGGCAGCAAAUCAGAAAAAGAGAUCGAGGAGGAGUUAUUGUUGCUGAGGAGACGGAAGGAAAGUGCAAUCAGGACUGCACAGUCGGAGUUCCUAGGAGAGACGAGCCGAGUACUAGAGACUUUAGUUGACCUUCUUCAGUCUAAAUUGAGACAGGAGACAGACUUGAGCCUUGAAGAGGUCAGCAACCUCAUACGUGAGCUGAAGAGCUCAAUUGGUCUUAUGGAGCGAAUGAGCAGUGAACAACUAUUCGAUCAGCACAUGAUAUCGCGGAAGCUGUUUGAAAAAAGACGGAAACUAGCCUUACCUCUCGCCCUGCGCAGAACCCUCCGAGACCAGCUGAUCCACAACAGCCUAGACAGCAUGACACUUAUUCUGAAGGGGAAGGGAGGGGAAAUUAGUGAGAAGCAGUUGAAUGAAGCUGUGGCUCAGUAUGAAUCGAUGUUUAAAGAGUCUGCCAAUCAAAAACUUGCAGGCGAGAAAGCGUCGUUGCAGUCUCUGAGCAGCAGACUCGCAGACGAAAGGGACAAGAGAGUGGGUGAGGUGAAGGGGAAACUGGAGGCGGAUGAGAAGGAAGAGUUCUUCGGAAGGGUGGCAAAGACUAUCAAGAAACCAGACCAAUUCGUACAGGAGUUUCUGCAGUUCCUGUCUAAACAGAGGGAAGAUAUUUGGACUCUGAUUGGCCAGUUGGACGAAGAAGAAGCAAAAACUGUAGAAAAGGAAUCAAUCAACCCGAAAACAAUUUCAUGUGAGGCGGGGGAUUCUGAGAAAACAUUCACAGAUUGGCUUGUGAGACAAAACAUGGUGGCGAACUCAGAAGUGAAUUAUGUUUUGAAGUCAUUUGAGAACCAGCAGAAAAAGUUUCUCGAGAGAAAGUCAGGGCAGCUGAAAGAAAAGGUUGACGAGAUAUCAAAACAGUACACGGCCAGCAAAGAUAUAAUAUUGAGAGAGGUCUCGUCUGUGAAAUCGGACAUCAAGCAAGUUUCGACAAAGCUUGAAAACUCACUGAACAAACUACUUGAUCGUCAAAUUGGCAUGGAAGAAAGGGCUAAAGAAGUGAUACAAGCAGAAUUCGAUUAUGAAGUCUCAAAAAUUAGCUUUAUUUUGACAUCACAGAAACUUAUGAAUUUGAAAAUUUAUGAGUUUGAACGUGGCGAUAGACUGUGUAAAAUGCAAGUGUACAAAGACAGACAGAGAGAUGAUCUUCUUAUGAUUGCCUUCAACCAGAGAGAAUCAGCUCAGAAAGAUCAGGCCAUCAAACUGAGUUUCGAGAAGAAACGAGUCGAAUUUGAAAACUCAAGAGCUGAGCUCAGCAUGCGAAACCAAAUAUCCUCAGACACUAACUCGGCAGUCAAAAAACUGGAGGUCAAACUAAGUGAACUGAUGGGAAAGGUCAACUGCCAACUAGCAAGACGAACUUUGCUGACCCGAAGACAAAAUAAUGCCCUGGAGUCAAUCGAUGCAAAACUCAGAGAAAUAUUGUUGGAAAAAGCUGAAAAUGACCCAAGUUUCAGUACAACAUUGACAAAAUUAAUUCAGGAGUUUGAAAUGGACGACAAACAACAUGCAAAAAUGACCUCGGAUUCUAAAAAAGAGGAGCAAAGGGUGAAAUUCAAGAAUAAAACAGCGGCAAGAUUGGAAGUUGCAGAAGAAAAAGUUGGAAAAGAGAGUUUAUCAGAGACUAAAAAACAAGUAAAAGAACAUGAAAUUAAGGAUGAAGAUAUGAGGAAACUUCUUCUAAGCGAGAAUAAAGAGAGAAAGUUGAAUGAAGUGAAGAGGGAUUUGAAAGAAGAAGAAGCUUUGGAUUUAAAAUUACUGGAGCGAAAACUGAAAAAGGACUACGACCAAAAUAUAGAGGAAAGCAGGAAAGAACUGAUAGGCAAACUUGCUGCGUUUGGAGAAGUGACUGAAAGCGAGGUCAAAGAGCUACUCCUCAAUGCAAUCAUCGAAAACGGAGUUGAGGGCGAGAAAGCAAAACAGUUAGGGAAGGACAUUAGAAAACGGUUCAAAGCGACAAAAGACGAAAUAGCCGAAAACAAAAAGAAAAUGAGCAGAAAAAACAAAAGGAGGCUCAAGAAUGAGUCAUCGCCUGCCGCUUCUGUUCACAAUGAGUCAUCAGCCAAUAACUCAGAAGAAGAAAGGUCAUCAAACACACAUACGGAAUAGUGAAGGGCGUUCUGCUCAUCAUAGUGGAUUAAGUGUCUUUGUAGUUUUAUAUUGUAAAUUGUAAAAGUUAUAUAUUCAUAAAAACCAAAGUUUUGUAAAUAAUAGUAUUGGGGUCCCUGAAAAGCCUGAUGUUUUUGAAUAAAAAUUCAAAAGUUCAACAGG